UUUCAGAAUCCACCUUGAAGGGCAUCCGAGGCUAUAAAACGGACUGUCGGAAUGGAAACCCAGCAAGCGGGUCCUGUAUCGCCCCUUUUGGCUACCAGUGCAACACCGAGCCUCUCUUCGGAUCCCAGUUUGGGCCCGACCAGUCCGCGGCGGGUGAAGAGGGCCCAUACGAAAUCUCGUCAGGGGUGCUUCAAUUGCAAGAGUCGAAGAGUCAAGUGUCAGGAAACGAAACCAGCGUGCAAGAACUGUGUGCGCAAAGAGCUCGAUUGCGUAUAUCCAAGUAAAGGAGAUCGCAAAUGGAGACUAGUCACUGCGAACCAGACACAGAACCAGAGACAGACUGACACGUCGUCUCCUUCAAUUUCCCCUCGGGUCUCUACUACCCCUUUUACUGGAGACGACCUGCGGUUCUGGCAUCAUUUCCUUGUCAAUGCGCAACCAGGCCUGCCGAUCGGAGAUGAAGGCACCUGGUCGUCCGAAAUACCUGCUCUGGCCCAUGAGUGUCCUCAUCUGCUACAUGCGUUGCUCUCUCUCGGAGCAUCAUACUGUUCCCUUACACAAGGGCGCAAGUAUAUACCGCUGGCUAUCGCGCACCGCGGCAAGGCUCUCAGGUCCCUUGGUGCAAUCCUUGGCAAAGGCGACAACUGUACUACUAUUGAAAUGGACAGCGCUCUAGCAGCAUCCCUGGCCUUGACAUUCCAAGCGCGCUACAUGAGCGACGGUGUCAUUGACUUUGCUGUCAUGGUCCGUGGUAGCAGCAUGAUCGUGAAUAGAUAUUCUCAAAACGGCCGCAAGAGCGUUAUCUUCCAUCAGGUCAAAUCGCAAGACGGGAUUAUGCAAACUACAGCCCUUCCAUGGGAGCCAAAAUGCCUGGUUGAGGCUAGCGCAGUCGCAGCGUGUAUUGCAGGUUUGGAUAGGCUGCAACCUCUUCUGCGACGAACUUCGCAUUAUAAAUUCUACAAUGUCCUACGAUCAAGUUAUCUCUCUUUGCUUGGAUCCUAUCGGCAAGCCUUUAUCCAACUUACGACAAUCUAUGUCUCAUGGGCUCACAUGGAGAGUUCUGAGUUUAGCGACUUUAUAUCCUCCGACGACCAUAUAUCGCGGGCAUUGUUCAUGCACUACAUUACGAUUGAUUCUUUCAUGAGGCCAGUGUACGCAAAGCUAAGCACUCCACAGAUCCUCAAGUCGAGAGGUGGGGAUUUCAUUAUCUACCGAUGGGCGGAAGCUAUCUAUAACGACUUACCAAGACCCCUGCAGAUGCUGGUAUAUGACCAGUUCCAGUAUUUAGCUCUGGAUCUGCUUCCGAGCCUUGCCAGUCACAAGACACUUUUUCCGGAGUGGAAUGAUGAACUUUCCGAGUUUGUCGCUCUGGUGCGCAAGCGGGUGCCGAGUCAUGUCUUAGAGCACCAUAAUUUCGUUCUAAAAUAAGGGGAAAGCGUUGAAAUCACGUCGGCACUCGUGCCAGAUGUGCGAGACUAUCCGAGCAUAGCCACGAUACCAGCCAUAGAUUUUCCAACAACGGCGACGAUGGACGCCAUCCAGCCAGAGCGUUGAGACCAGGCAGACGAUUGUUGGCGACUUGGCAUGAUUGGGUGGAGCGUUUGACGAAAGCUCGUUUAGCCGACGAAUCAGCACGAUACGAAAUGCGAGCUUCGGCAAGCUGACAAGCGGCGAUCGGGCGAUCUAUACUCAUCGAAGUAGAAAAAUACGGACAGAAGAAGUGAAUGCUGACAUACUCUCGGAUCUCUAUCUUCGAUGGAAACAACAGGCAGCUGAAAGAUCUCAUGCACGACGGUACUUGCGGCCUAUAAAUUCACCGGAUGUCGCCCAAAAUCACUACCAUAGCAAACCCGUCAUCCCCAUCAAACUCUUCCAAAGAUGUUGAUCUCCUGUGCAUUCCUUACUUUACUUGUUCCAGCUAUUGCAUCGUCCCUCACUUCCUCCGCAAAUAUUGGCAUUACUUUCGAGCCGAGCCAUGAUCUCCCUUUGCUGAAGCUCCCAUACGGAACCUGGCGAGCGUACGAAUUCAAUAGCGAAGAAGAUGUAAAUUCUCUAGACCUAUUCCCAUCACCUCAUCCAGACUAACAGUCAAGGUCUACACGUUUCGCAACAUCCGCUACGCUGCUCCGCCAGUCG